AUGGCCCCUCAAAUCCCUAUCAAACAACAAGAAAUCCGAUUUGCCUCAUGUCAACUAAACGUUGUCGUUGUUGGAGCAGGCCUCGCAGGUCUUGGGUCUGCGAUCAGUUGUGCACUCGCUGGGCAUGAAGUCCAGGUCCUCGAGGCAACACGGGAAAUCAAAGAAGUUGGCGCAGGUAUCCAAAUUUUACCGAACAGCUCGCGAGUACUCCAGCAUUGGGGUCUUGAAAAGGCUCUGACGCCACACAUGACCUUUCCCCGGGUUUGCAACUUCCUUGGAUGGAAGGGUAAUCCAAUUUCUUCGUUGGACUUUCACGCUUCGGAGAGUAACUACCCGGGCACUUGGUACCGUGACUUUCAUCGCGCAGAUCUGCAACAGUGUCUCGUAGAAAGGGCGCUCGAAUUGGGGGUUACUAUAACCUGCAAUGCUCGUGUGGCAGAUGUCACUGUGAGCGAGGAUGGGACCACAGCUACUGCUACUGCGGCGGAUGGGAGACAGUGGACUGGGGAUCUUGUCAUUGGCGCGGAUGGAGUGUUUGGGAAGUUGACGGAGGGAUUGCUGGGUCGAGUCGAUCCGCCGGUCAAGACUGGUGAUCUCGCAUAUCGUUUGCUGUUGUCAACAGAGGAGAUGCGGAGGGAUCCUGAUCUUGCGGAAUUGGUGACAGAUCCCCAGGUCAACUACUGGUUGGGUCCGGAUGCUCAUGCAGUGAAUUAUGUGCUUCGUGGCGGAGAGUUGUUCAAUAUGGUGCUACUUGUCCCCGACGAUAUCCCAGAGGAAUCAUUAGCAUCAACGAUCGAAGGGAAUGUGGAAGAGAUGUGUGCUCUGUUCAAAGACUGGGAUGCUCGUAUCCCCAAACUUUUGAAGCUGUGUGAGUCUGUCCAAAAAUGGCGUCUUUGCAUACGAUUCGGAAACUUUGAUUGGACUCAUCCCUCCGGGGCGUUUGUGAUGUUGGGUGACGCAGUCCACGCUACAUUGCCAUAUUUGGCAUCCGGUGCCGGAAUGUCCUUCGAGGAUGGAGCAGUUCUAGGCGAAUGCCUUUCUCGACUCCCUAAUAGCCCCGGUAUCUCCAAGACCUCAGCCGAGUUCCUGACCGCCAAGCAACACGCCCUUGCCAUCUUCCAGGAGUGUCGCAAGCAACGGACAAAGAUGAUUGUUGAGCGCGGGAAUAUCCAACAAUAUCUCUACCACCUACACGACGGCGCUGAACAGGAGGAAAGAGAUCGAAAGAUGCAGAUGGUCCCUACGCCGGAGGGAGAAGCAUUGGCUUGGAGAGACCCCGGUUUGGCACCUAAAUUGUUGGGAUAUGACCACAUUGCAGACGUUGAUCGUCGGUGGGGUAAAUCACUAGGAACUAGUGUUGUUGAGUCGAGACUGUAG